UUCUGAAGACUACACAUUAUGGACAGGAUUUUAUUUCUUUACUAGUAGAAAAACCCCCUACUACAAAUUUGCCGUCAAAUUCACAAUGAAGCUAAACCGAUCAUCUUAUCGAAUCUUCUGUCCUGCUUUGCCACCACCUUACUCAUGGUCGAUACACUUGUGGAAUUACCAUCAUCUACCAUCUCUCCAAUCCGUAACAUUCGUCUCAGGGGAUACUACCUUCCUUUAUUUCGGAAAUCAAAAGACAAGGUGCAAGAGUAUGGGACGACGAAAGCUUCACUACUUAUCAGAUGCCGCAUACUCUUUUAUUAUUCCCAGGACUACAACUCGAAAAGUUGAUAGUCGAAGAUGUGUAUCAUGACAAGGAUCAAAAUAGGGGAUUAUUUGGGGAUGUGCAGACGUAUGAUUAGAUUGAAUCUUUGGUUCACAAGAAUGGAUGGAGAGAAUUAUGGUAUUUUACUCCCACAACAGAAUUUAUUGGAACUGGGCCUUAUAUCUCAUUGAGUUGAACAAUCCGCUGGAUGGGAUAAAAAGAUCAAAGAAAGAGAUGGCGUUGACUCUGGGUGGAGUGUAGGAUGUAUGUUGGUCAAUAUUAUGAGGAAGAGGCAGUGGAAGGAGAGGCAGUGGAGGGAGGGCAUGUGAUAAGGGCACACAAGAUGGAGAGGACUACGGGAUUGAGGAUGUACAAGACGAAGAUGAACAGAACGCGGUUGCGUUAUGCGAGGAAAAGGAAGAAAGCGAGAGAAAAGAUGAUGGAGAAGGCGAGGAGGAAAACAGUGGGGGUGAUGGCGACGAAGGAGAGGGGGAUAGUGUAGGUAAAGGCGGCGAAGAAGAAGUGCCACCACCCGGGAUAUGGGAUAUCGAGGACCUGGAAGCAAGACCACCGUGGAUUGGGAUACCCAAACAGGACAACUCUCUCCCUUCAUCGGCUUUCGAAUGAAGGAAUUCAUCAACGUGACGAAUUCGGAAAGUUGUUUAAUGAGACGAGUUGGGAAGAGAUUAAAAAGACUGGCAAGGGACUUUCACCUGAGGAUAACAAAACUGGUCAUCUAUACCUGUGUGCAUCAACGCCUUAAGAUGAUCUGACGACAGUGGCAUCAGGUAUCCACCAAGCCCGAGGCAAAGAAUGGUGGAUAUAGCUAUAUGUUGUUUUGACUUUUAAUAUAAUCAGUUUAUAUGGCUUUUCGGACAAAGACCAAGUGCCGGUUGUCUAUAAUUUUCAAUGUAAUUCCCAGCUUUGUUUAUUUUUUUAUGGUCCGACAUUUAUUCCCUUCGGCUGAAGCGAAGAAUCACGCGUUUUGUUCAGAUAACCGACCAUAAGCGACCAUCA